UGUAAAUUAAUAAAGUUGUUCUAUAGUACUAUUUAAUUUUUGGUCUUACUUACCCUCUUGGUAAAGUAACUAAAGUAGACCAACUCAACUCUCUUCUUGUUCAAACUUAAAAAAAAAAAAACCACACAAAGAUGUCUUUUGUCUGACUCCAUAAUCACCAAGAAGAAGAAGAUCUAGGUCUUGCAUCUCUCUCUUCAUUACAAUGGAGCGAGCACGAACCGAAAGCCCUAGCUACUUCCGUCAAUGGAGCGGCGAUUCAGGUUCCACCAAUGCCGCCGCCGUAGCUCCUUCUUCUCCGGCGCGUCAUCACCACGCUCGAUCUUCUUCCGUCACUAAUAUGUCUAACGUCAAACGAGCUCAAAACGUCGCCGCUAAAGCCGCUGCUCAGAGACUUGCUAAAGUCAUGGCUUCACAGACCAACAAUGAUGACGACGAUGACGAUGAUGAUGAUGAAAUCGGUGGUGAUGAUUUGGGUUUCCGAUAUGGUGCUCCUCCUCCUCUUUCCUUCACUAGAAAUCCUUCUUCCACAAUUGCUAAACCUAAACCUGUUGCUUCUGCUGUUGUUGUUCCUCCUCCCAAGAUCUCUAGAUCUUCCUCCCCUGCGAACUCUCCAGCCGUGUCUGUUAGGGCAUCGCAGCCGCCUGUUCCGCCGAGUAAACUGUCUCAAAGGCAUCAAACUACCAAUCCAUCACCGGUUGCAACUCCUAAGACUGAAAAGAGGGUUUUAGCUGAUAUUGGUCAUUUUAAUGGAAAAGAUUUGAAAGAUCAGCACGAAGCAUCCGCACUUCGUGAUGAACUUGAUAUGCUGCAAGAGGAGAAUGACAGUAUUCUUGAAAAGCUUAGGCUUGAGGAUGAGAGAUGCAAGGAAGCAGAAGCCAGGGUGAGAGAGCUUGAAAAACAGGUAACUUCUCUGGGAGAAGGUGUAUCCUUGGAAGCUAAACUUCUGAGCCGAAAAGAAGCUGCUUUGCGUCAAAGAGAGGCGGCCCUCAAAGAUGCAAGGCAGAAUAGAGAUGGGACUAAUAAAGAGACUACUGUUCUUCGGUCUCAAGUAGAGAAUGCAAAACUUGAGACCGCUGCUGUAGUAGCACAACUUCAAGGAGCAGAAUCUGAAGUCAACGCUCUACGGACAAUGACGCAUAGAAUGAUAUUGACCCAAAAAGAGAUGGAGGAAGUUGUUCUUAAACGGUGUUGGCUAGCUCGGUAUUGGGGUUUAGCUGCCAGAUAUGGCAUAUGUUCGGAUAUUGCUACAUCCAAGUACGAAUACUGGUCAUCUCUGGCACCUCUUCCUUUUGAAAUUGUGCUGUCAGCUGGGCAGAAGGCUAAAGAAGAAAGUUGGGAAAAAGAAUCUGAGGAGAACGAGAAGAGGAGCCAGCUCGCUCAAGAUAUUAAUGAUCUAACAGGAGAGGGAAACAUUGAAAGUAUGCUCUCUGUGGAAAUGGGUCUAAAGGAGCUAACUUCUUUAAAGGUUGAAGUUGCCAUUACUACUACAUUAGCCCAGCUAAGGUUGGCCAAUACUACUCGACUGUCUGAUAUCGAGUUAAAAUCACCAGGUGGUCCUAAGAUUACGGAGGCACUUGAAUUGAGUCAAGAAGAGUCUGAGGAUGUUCUCUUCAAGGAGGCUUGGCUCACGUACUUCUGGAGAAGAGCACAAUCCCUUGGCAUAGAAGUGGACAUUGCGAGAGAACGUCUUAGAUUCUGGAUCAGCAGGAGCGCACACUCUCCAUCUUCACAUGACGCCAUGGAAGUUGAGCAAGGACUAACAGAGCUAAGAAAGCUGCGGAUAGAACGUAGAUUGUGGGAAGCCUCCAGGUCCAGCCAGUAAGUAGUGACCUUGGGGACCUCGAGAUCCCAGAACAGUCAUGUUACCACAGCUUUAACAGUACUGUAUAUCGUACAUGCUUUCUUCCUGUGUGGUUCAUGUACGUUGCAGUCAGAAAAAUGUUAAAUCCAGUUUUGUGAACCGAAGAAUUGUAUUACGCGCACUACUUUUGACAUAUAAUAUAUCCACGUUUCCACGUUCUCAA